AUGGGUGUUUGGGCAGCUCUACAAUGCUGGAUUUACCAGGCUUGGUGCUUCAUCAAUGGAUGGGUCCCUAUCGAACUUCUGACGUCUUUCAACGUCCUGGCUAUCCAGAUUCAAAACUCGAGCCAGAGCGGGCGCAUUACAGCCCUGGAACAUCAGUUGGAGGGAUUCAAAAACGUGGACCGCCUUCGGAACGCUGAAAUGCAAUGGCUAGCCCGGGUCCUAUCCUUGCACGAUGAUGUGAGCCAGCUCGAACUCCAAUUCGAUAAAGGUCUUGCUCCAUUCGAAGCCGCCGAUCGUUCUGCGAAUAAAUCAGUUUGCCGCUACUGCGAGCUGGCCAAGAAGAGAAAAUUCAAAGAACGGACCAAGUUCCAUGAAACCUCGCUCGAUCUUUAUAACAACGUGAUCGAAAAUCUCGGUUCAUGGCGCAGACAAUUGAACAACGGACAGGACGAUUGCUGUGGGACACUUCAGCUUCUUGCCCGACAAGUCAAUCUUUUGAGAAAAAGGAUCAGUCGUCUUAAUCAGCGGAUUGAAAUUUCCAACGAGCACGGCGGACAACAAUCUGAGGAGAUCUGUAUCUGUACGAAGGAGAAAAAGUAG